GUCCUGUCUUGUGUUCUGCAAAACAGAGAUGGUACCACAUAAAGAAACAAAGGACUUAAUUCAAGAGAUUUCUACAUGUACUGAAGAAAACUUUCCCCGAUUAGCUUCACGACCCGAUGUUUUGGAUUACAUUUUCAACACAGGGUGGACUGGUGUCAUUGCCUUCAAGGACAAGGAACAGAUUGUUGCCACUGCCAUCCUUCAUGAAGUUAUAUGGAAACGGGAAUCUGCUAUCAACCAACUUUUUCAAGGAUUGAAGUUUCUUAACGUGUUGGAAACUAUCAGAAAAUUCCCCCAGCACUUUCUGGGGAAGUUUGUCCAUACGAAUAUUCCAUUGAAUAUGACCGUCUUGCUACAAUAUAUUAGAUUCAACGAGCCAUCAAACGAUUUGGAAAAACGAGCAAAGGAUUUCUUUGUUGAAUAUAUUGGUGAGGAUAUUGAAAUACCAUGUGGUGACGAUAAACGGUUUAGAAGAUGUACGGCUGUUUUACAAUUCAUUACUGGGCAACAAUCGAUUGCUGGGGGCCUUCCUAGCAAAAUAGAAGUUGGGUAUAUUGAGGAUCCUGAGGCAAAUUAUCCUACAGCUGGCACAUGUGGUUUCAAGUUUUACCUUCCCACUAAACAUGAUAUGUUUAACCAAUUCUCAGCAGACAUGGACAAAGCACUGGAGUGUGAAGCAUAUGGUUUUCAUUGCUUUUGA